CGCUUCCUCCUAGUGUGCUCCUGGAGCGAGGUGUGUCUAGUCGCUCCGUCUCGUGUGAGGCGCUGAAGACAAUGCUGUGCGACCACCGACAAGCACAAGCUGGAGGACCGAGAAAUGCGCCGCCAGGGGGGCCUCAUCCGGUUCCCGGAAUGAACUCUGCUAAGAACUAUUCAGCUCCCUUGCCAACCUCAAAUAGCAGCAGCUCCUAUAUCAUUUCCUUGAAGGUGAACAAUACUAUAAUAAAUCGUCGUACCGGAGGCGGAGGCGGUCGUGUCGUCGAACGACGGCGACUGCGCACGUUAUCGGAAGGGGCUUCUAGUAGGUCAUCGGCCAAAGGAAGUGACCUUUUACCCCUUCAAAAUUCGAACAAGCACUCUCCAAUGUCAAACUCAUGGAUAUGGAACGAGGAACAGGAAGGUUCAUGGAUAUGGAACGAGGAACAGGAAUUAAGGCUCAACUUUCAUUGGUCAUUGAGGUUGGUCACUGAGAUCGCAGAGGGGCUCUCUGCAGAGAACGGGGGAAAACAAAGGGAGAACAAGUAGAGGGGGGGCCCUUUCCUUGCAGCAUCAGUGACCAAUGAAUGUCGCCCUUUAAUUUUGAGUCCUUCAAGAAGACACGAGUACGGCGAGACCAAAAUCACAGGAAACAAGCGAAACAAGAAACUUGCUGACGGAGAAAAUCCAACCAAGAGGCGCUCCGCCGAACAGAAGAAUAUAAAAAAAGCUCUGAGUUGUUGUGAGUGGCUUGUUCUCUUCGUUACGGGUGCAGUUGUGGUUUUUCAUGUUGUAAGUUUGAGCGGACUAGGCGUACAAAGAGGUGGAAAGAAACCAUUCGUAUAUGAUAACAAGGAAGACAUCUUCCGCCUGAGUUACUUGACGGAUCGGGAGGCGAAGCGCGGUUCUUGUGCAUAUCCCGAUGAGACUUGCAUCGCUGUAUUCGAAGCAGAUCCUUUUCCUGAAAUUCCGAACGAACAAAAACUGUAUUCAUUCUCCUCUCUGUAUGGCGGUUUUGUUGAUUGGGAGGACGCCUGA